UGACCAAGCAGCCGAAAAGAUUCAGUCAUUGAAAGCGAACAGACGAAUCACGACUGUGAAUGUGUACGAGUUGUAUGUGUGUGUGUGUGUGCAAUCCCAUUGAUAGUGUGUGGUAAAAACUGUGGGGCAAGGGAUCGAAUUCGCCUUAAGAAAUAAAAAAGGACAGCAACACACACACACUCAGUGGGUCCAGCAGCAGCGUGAUGGUGUUUCGGACUACGACAGCCACAGCUAAGGACGUGCAUUUCCAGCCGAUGUGGGCCUGACAUAUGGCUUACAAUUGUCGUUAAAUUUUUCAACUUAAAAACCACACCGACCUUGGCAGUGCUUGAAUUUCAUCGUCCGACGAAACCCAACCGACGACCAGAUUGAGCCUGGAUUGGCUGGUGGUGGUGGUGGUGGCUGUUGCUGGAUUGUCGAGUGGUGCGGAAUAGCGGACCGCACGAAAAGACGAGCCCUGGCACCCAACCUGCGAUCCACCGUCGUCGUAGCCGCCGACGCCGCCUCGUCUUCCCUGUCGUGUCCGCACGACACGAAAGGCCAUGGCCGUUCUGCCUCUUCGCUUAUACGGCGAUCCCGACAGCAACAACAACAACAACAACCUUCUGCCCGCAACCACAACCACCCAACAAACGUCAACGGGUCGUCCAAUCCCAAGCAGCAGCAGCGACUGCAGAAAGAAGGCGGAUAUUCCUCAUUUUCUCGCUCUCCAUCGGUUGUUGUUGUCGAUUCCUGCGGUAGUUGUUGUUGCGACCACAUUGGCACGCCGGCCGCUUUCCUCUUUCAUCCGUCAGCUCUGCCCAAGCGGCUGCAAAACGUUCUCGACGAUAAGAAGCGAUUGACGUUGACGUCUAAGCGUCCAGCGUCCGACUCGACCCGCCGCCGUCACAUCAUCGCCGGACGGACGGCGAUGUCCGACAACUUCAUUUACGGCGACAUCACAAGAGAGUUGUACGAGAUAUGGUGCCGCGUGGUGCCCAACGGCAGCGCCGUCGUCAGUGAAACCCAGCGGCUGCAAUCGCUCUUCCACCAGGCCAGCGUCUACCCGUCGCAGUCGCAGAUCCUGGAGAUGAUCCAUUGCGCCAGAGAGCGCGAACUGGUGCAGGUACCACAGCAACAACAGCAGCAGCAGCAGCAAAGCCAAUCUCAACAGGAGGAGGAGCCCGUUGUAGUCCCUUCGUCGGCGUCGGCCGUCAUGACGUCCGCCGUCAAUUGCUCACCGACCGAUCCUCGGGAUUCGUCGAGAUCCAAAGACCAGACGGACGGAUGCGGACUCCAGCAGCGCAACUAUUUGACGUUUGGCGAAUUCUGUCUCUUCGCCAACGAGUUGCGCAAAUGCUACGAACGAGAGAUACCUCGACCGACGCAAUUGUCGAAAUUGGUCGACAUCAAGGGCAACGACAAGAAGAUGACCGACCGCAAGAUCUCAAAAUCUGCCGCCAAGUAUCAGGUUUUCCUGGGCGGUUCGUGCAAUCCAACCACGUGGAGGCAAGACAUUGCCAUUCCGCUCCUGAAGAAUUGGGGUUUAACCUACUUCAAUCCACAAGUGCCGCAAUGGGGGCCGGAAUUGAUCGAGAAGGAGCACCAAGCCAAACAGACGGCCGAUGUUCUGUUUUUCGUCAUCGACCGACAGACGCGGAGUGUGGCCACCAUCGUCGAAGCCGCUUAUUACACGGCGGCGCAAAAGACGUUUGUCCUCGUCAUUCAUCCGCUGGAUGGACCUGGACAGCUCAUCCAGGGUGAGCCCAUCACGGAACGGGAAUACGAAGAUUUAGCCACGGGCCAACUCGUCCUGCAGGAUAUGGUGGAACGGCUGGGCAUACCUGUUUUUAAUAACAUCAGAUCUGCGCUUGAUUGCACUGCAAAGAUAUUACGAGAACGAAUCACUGUCCAAGAACUGGGACUCAGCGAUGGCAUUAAUCCGUUGAAAUAUCCUCAUUACCCCAUCGGCGACAAGUUGAUUAAACUGCGCGAUGCGUUCAACGCACUGGAUACGAGCAAUUCGGGUGAAAUCAGCAUGGCGGAUGUCUGCAUGGCCUUUCGCAUUCUCACCAACAGAGAUCUCUCGGUCGAGGAUUUGAAGAACAUUGUGGCAAGCAGCAACGAGCAAGCCUCGGUAUCUUUCGAUCAGUUUUGCUGCAUUUUGACCGAGUUUCGCAAUCUGCCACCCGAUAACCAAAGACGCUUGUGGGACGUGAUGGUCAGCAAGGCCGCAACCUUGCUCUACUCGGUGGUCUCGCCCGUAUCUCGGAUACUCUGCCGACCCAGUCCAAAAGGAGUGGCGCGAUGCGACAGUUCCUCGCCAGAGGUGACAGUGGGCGGAGCACGGGAUAUCUAUUUGGGAGGAUCCUGCGGGUCUACCACCUGGCGCGAACAGACGGCCAUCCCGUUACUCAAGAAGAGUGGGCUGACAUACUUUAAUCCGCAAACGUGCGGCUGGAGUCGGCGAUUUAUCCCGAUCGAGGCGGCGGCCAUGGACGCCAGCCGGGUCUUAUUGUUUGUUGUCUCGCGUGAAACCCGUUCCCUUUCGUCUAUGGCCUUGGCCGCCCACUACAUCGGACUCGGCUGCAAUUUGGUCCUUUGCAUCCAGCGGCUGCCCGACAAUGCGGAAAUCAACGGAGAUCGGCUUUCGGCUUUCGCCAUCAAGGACUACAACCGCGGUCGAAAUUACCUUUCCGAUUUGGCAAACCGCGAGGGAAUCCCGGUCUUUGACGAAGUCAAAGAGGCCGUCGAAUGUGCCAUCCAGCGCUGCCUGCAGCACAACCAACAAACUCAAACGCAACAGCAACAACGAUGAAAAUUGGUUCAGCUAUCAGUUUUUGUUUUCUAUUCUCCCCUUUUGUCUGAUUUUUUUUUGUGGUCUUCAUUAAUUAUUUUUUAAACAAUUCCUGUGUGAAAGUGUCCUUUGAUCUUGAUUUUUCCGGGACAGCGAUGUGACUUCGUCUACUCCGCAGCAAUUCAUAAUUCACCGAUUCAACAAAAUCGGCAGCAGCUUUUUCCAAAGUCGCUUUAUUAUUUUUUUUUGUCAAGUGAAACAAGACAACUAGACUACUGGACAAGAAGAAUUUGAGAAAGUGAGCAACAAAACCAAACUUUUGAGCAGGUGUAAGGCCAAUUUUUUUGUUUAAUUGUCUUAAUCCACACGUUAGUGGAUCCCUAACAACGACGAUGAUAUUAUCUUGCGCCGGGUGUGUCUGUGUGUGUGUGUCUGUGUGUCUUCGUUUUUUUUUAAAGGAAAAAAACAACGUUAUCGCGUCCAAUCACGAGCCCAAUCUCUUAAUCUGUGCGUGUCUGUGUGGGUGAAUUUACGACAUCAAAAACUGAUGGGCCUUUUUUCUCCAGGAAGGAGCCAGGAAAAAAAGAGUGGAUCACUUUGUUUUUCGUUCAUGUCUUCUUCUUCCUCCCUCGAUUCGAUUUAAAGCUGCUAAUUUCUCUUAGUGUCCGCUAUAUGUAAUCACCACAUGUGUACGUGUAACCCUGGAGCUCUCAGGUGUAAUCAACGCUGCCCCUUCGUUGCUUUGACAAACUUUUUCAUGUGACUUUUGAUUGAUUCGUUUUGUUUUUUGUUUUUUUGUUUUUUUUCAGUUCUGAUAUAUUUGUAUCUUGAUUUUCACCCAACUAUUUUGUAUUUCUUUUUGUAUCGUUUGGCUAGCGGGUCUUGUACAUUUGACGCGUUCGCGGCCUGGGCCAUCCAGCUGCCAACACAACACACCCAGCAGCGCACUACCCUCCCAAUCACUUAAAAACAAGUUGAAUAUCUUUUCUUUUCUUUUUUUUUCCUAAUCACUUUUUCAAUCACUUAUACAGUCUCUAUAUUAUUUGUUGGUUAUUUUGUUGUCGGUUUGGGAACGAAAUUUGUUUCUCGUAUGUGUGUGUCGUUGAUGCAGGCCAAUCAGUUUUUUUUUUUUUGUCUUUCUACCUUUCGGUGCUAUCACGACUUUUAGUAGAGCGAGAAGAAACAUUUUUUCGAGGCAGUUACAAGUACAACGGUGGCGGCUUUUAAUAAGCGUCUAUGUAGAACGAAACACAAAAAGGAGUGAAAUCAUUCAUUGCCUUUCGUUCUCAAUUUUUUUAUUUCUUAGCAUGAGAUUUACUAUCUGAUUUGCAAAUGAUUGCCUAACACACACAAAAAAACAAACAAACAAUAGCAACCAUCAUUUUCGAAAGAAAUGAAAAACAGAAUUGAAACGUGACAAUCGAAAUUUCUACGCUAUUCCGCGCGUCAAAGGGGAACAACCCGAUUGCAUCGAUUUAACCGGUUGAUUUAUACAUAUUAUAUAUAUAAUUAUUAUUAUGAUAUCGUGAGCUCGUGUGUCUUAUUCUUAUUUUUUUCGCGAAUUAUUUUUUUGUGUUAAAUACUUUUUAUAACUUGUAAAACUGGUUUCAAUAGACAACACCCACUCAUUUUGUUAACAAAAGUCUCCCACCUGCAGUCUUCAUCUUUUUUUUCCGUUGCUGGAAAACUAAUGCGCAAUCCAAAAUUGAAAGUUUCGUUGAAACGUCUGGAAACUACUUAAUGAGAGAUUUACAGAGCAAUGCCCCUCCCCCCCUUCCUAAAGGUGAAUGUGGACACUGCUGCAGUCGUCAGCAAAUUUAUCGUCAUGAUUUAUUCAACAUGCUAGGUAAGUCCUUUGGAUUCUAAAACUAGUUCUGAUAUUUUUUUUUUAUUUCGAGAAUUGUUUUAAUUAAAAACUGAUACAAAGAUUUUUUAUUCCUCAUAGGUAACCCUUGGUAUUGCCGCCGGAUACUAAUCGAAUGAAGAUUUGGAGGAGUUCGGCGAAUGCAAGGUAGGAUCAAAUUAACUUGUUUUUGAGAAUAUCCAGUUUAGUUCAAAUUUUAUUGACAAAUUCACCAAUGAGAAAACCGAUAAGAGAAUCGAACCUAUAGCUCCGCUUGAACAAAAGUUCAACGUUAGUUUUGAUUUAAAUUAGUAAAAGGAUUUAGUACUUUAUAUAUUUAAUUAUUUUGCGUUAGAAUUUCUGUUGUCCUCAAAGUUGCGUUAGACUUUCGGUGUAACUGGAAGCGGCUUCGUCGUUACUGGCGUGUGGACAGUCGACUGCAUUGGAGAAAGUUUAACUGGUGGUCUGGUUGUUGGGUUGACUGGUUUUCUAGUCGUCACACGUGAUCCUGUGGCGCUUGGACGGACGGUCGUACCCUGGCGAGCUCGACGUGUCACCGGGAUCGGGGCCCUAGUUGAAACUUUUCGACCGAAAACCGGAGUUGUGUUGCUUGGUACCGAGGGUUUCUUCGUGGUAGCAAUCGGCUUCUUCGUGGUAGCGACAGGCUUCAUUGUGAUAGUUUCAGGCUUCUUUGUCGUCAUGUUAUUAGCUUGUCUUUUGUCUCGCCGGAUUGGCAUAGGAGCUUCAGUAUUAACGACAAAUGUGGAAGGAGUCGUCUUAACUGUGGUUACCUCGGCAGUUGUGUUGUUACUCAUCGAUUCGGCUACGUGAGUUGGUUUUUCAGUUGGAAUUGCAGAGACAACCGUGACGGGCUCCACCGCAAAAUGGGCUGGUUUUUCUGUAGAAUUUUGCGGAGCAGUAGUUGUAAGCUUGGCCAUUUCUGGAACAGUUUGGACGGCAGGUUUUUCAGUAGAAUUGACGGAAUUUACCGCAGCAACAGUGGAAAGCUUUGCCAUCUCUGGAACAACUUGGGCUGCAGGUUUUUCAGUAGAAUUUUGCGCAGCAACAGUAGUUUCGGCAGUGGUAAGCUUGGCCAAUUCUGGAGCAGGUUGGACUGCAGGUUUUUCGGUAGAACUUAUUGCAGCAAUAGUGGUAAGCUUGGUAACCUCUGGAACAGUUUGAACUGCAGGUUUUUCAGUAGAAUUUACCGCAGCAACAGUGGUAAGCUUGGCCAUCUCUGGAACAGCUUGGACUUCAGGUUUUUCAGUAGAACUUAUUUCAGCAGCAGUGGUAAGCUUAGCCAAUUCUGGAACAAUUUGGACUGCUGGUUUUUCUGUAGAAUUUACCGCAGCAACAGUGGUAAGCUUGGCCAAUUCUGGAGCAGGUUGGACUGCAGGUUUUUCAGUAGAACUUAUUGCAGCAAUAGUGGUAAGCUUGGUAACCUCUGGAACAGUUUGAACUACAGGUUUUUCAGUAGAAUUUUGCGCAGCAGCAGUGGUAAGUUUGGUCAUCUCUGGAACAAUUUGGACUGCAGGUUUUUCAGUGGAAUUGAGUAAAGCAGCAGUGGUAAGCUUGGUUAUCUCUGGAACAACCUGAACUGUUGGUUUUUCAGUCGAAUGUUCAGCAAUAGCCGCAUUUGUGUUUGCCAUCGGAACGGCAGUUGUGACGCUUGCUUUGCUAACUGUUUCAACGGUAACAUUGACAGAUUUAUCUGUAGCAUUCAAAGAAAGAAUGGCAGGCUUCACCGACAUUACUUCUUCGACCAUCGGAGUCGCCGUGAUAAUCUGAUGCGCAGUAACUGCAGUCGGGACAGCUUUGUUGGUUGUUUCGGCAAAAACAAGGGCUGGUUUUUGGGUGGAAGAUACUGGCAGAGCGGUGGUUGCAUUCAUCGAUUGAAUGUGAUCUGUGUUGGUCGAGAUAACUGGGGUAGCGGUCAGGGGGGUUGAAUGAAUCAUCUCGGGAGCUGCUGGUUUGUUCGUCGUUUCAGAAACAGUUGCGGGUUUCUCAGAAGCAAUAACGACGACAGAUUUGGCUGGGAUAAUGGAAAAAGUAUGCGCAUCCAUUGCCACAGGGACGGAUUUGACCGUUGUGACGUGUUCAUCCUCAUGGGACUCGUGGCUGUCUUUGCUGUUAGAUUUUUGAUUCGCGUUAUGAGCUUCUGACAUACAUCCCUGCAAUUGAAAUUUAGAUUUUUAAUUGAAUUAGAUUAGUCGACUUUUUUUUUAUUUAUAAGAUAAUUGUACCUCUGUGGGGCACGUCAGGGCACCCACCGUUACCAAGGUAAAGAUGAACAAGCACUUCAUGGUGAUGUUCUGAACUGAGACGCUUGUAUGAUCGAAAUGUUACAUCGGGACAUGAUUUUAUAGCCGGCUCCAAUGGGAGGAGUCCCCGCACUGUGGCGCGCCAGUUAUCGUCAUUUCAUUAAGGAUUCCGCUGACAUGUCGAUAUUAACUUACCGGAUGCUAUGAGGCCAACAUUUUUAGAGUUGCAGGUCGUCGCCUAUAUAGUCACCUUGGUCAGAGUUAGUAUAGGUAGGAUGACACGAACUUUUUUGAAAAAAUCCAUUCUGUAAUCGUGUAUUGGAUCUAGUUUGCCGCCUUCCAUACUAACGACGAUUAAUGACUAAGUAAGUUACAACAUCGUUUUUCCCAUUCCUUUGUUGUUCGUUUAGUUGAAACCAUUAAGGUCAUUGUCGUUAGGACUGCAACUUGCUGUAUGAGCGCAAUAAAGAAAGUAAUCCGUCGAAAAAACAACAAUAUUGUGGAAAAUUUUAAGCACUCACAUCUGCAAUGUGAUUCUCAUAUUUAUACUCAAGUUAGAAAGUGAUGGCGACUUGAUAAUUUUGUGCGUUUCUAACUUUCAGACUUUCUCUAUAUUAAUGCCAUCACGUGACUUCCAUUCGGUAUUAGCCUUGUUCAUUAUCCGGAAUACCAAUUCAAUUUUCUGGAAAACCCACAUUUAUAGAAACAGCUCGAAUCUCGCUAUUUUAUUGACACCAUUGACACACAUGUAGUUGACGAAUCAGUGAGUUGCAAAAUUUCGAUAUUUGAAUUUUACAUCGCCGUAACAGGGUUUUGCUUUGUAUCCCAAUUUUUUCCUUGAAAAAUUUACCAGUCAGAAUGUGGUAAUAAUCGUCAUCGUAAAAAAACCAGAAUUCCGAAAUUUGUAUGACGGGAAAAGUCAUAUGCUUGUCACCUGUCGUGUGAUCACGAGUUAUUUGUUGUUCAUUGUUGAGAAACGGCCAGUAAAAUCUAGCCAAGUUUACGCAAUAGCAAAAUUAUUCUAAGAAACUUCCGGUAAUUAAUGCAAGUUUAUUUUUGCUCCACAGCAGUUUUUGAUUGUUCAACUUAACUCGCAGAAUAUAGAAUUGAAUGUUCUAGUCGAGCACAUCACGAAUAUCCACACUCGUUUUCCUUUCCCGUUGCUUUACGGACGACGUUUCAAUAGGCGAAUAUGUAGAAGUCAACUUUGUAAAAUUAAGACGUAACUUAUCCCAUCCCAGCCGAUUCAGCAGACGUGACGAUACCGGUGAAAUCAUGAUUCGCACAAAUGUUUAUUUUCUUUCAACAAUUAAGCGACAAAGCCGACGAGUUACCAAGAAUAUUCACAGGAAAAGGUAUGCCGGUGGUCAUGCAUAAAACACGCCAAUUUGGAUCUUCGAAAUAAUUGCAGUAUGCCUUAUUGAAUUUGCCAAAUUUCGAACGCAUCGCACUCUAAAAACAACUGAAAAGGCAAGUAGUCACAUAUUUUCUUUGUAUUUUUUCUUUUAAAACAUGCGAACCCAACUAGAUAAAUUUAUAGAAGAACUGUCACCAUUUGUUUCGUAUCAUUAACAUACCUCAGUUAAUUAAAAUAAUUCAUCUAAAAGUCACCGUGAA